ACCUUCAUCCUUGUCCCGCACCCCACACCCUGGGGUUCCACAGUCCACUUCAAUCAUUGCCAAGAACCCAGGCCACUCAACAGAGCCAGGGUUUAUCAAUCAAGUCGGCGCAUCGCGUCGCAUCUUCAGGUUCCGGAGAUCAGCCAUUCACCAACUGGCCAACCGCCGGCCAUCACAAACCUCGAAUCACGACCUCAACAGAACUACACGACGGCAACCGCGAGUCUUUUUCUUAUCUUUGACCGUUCGUAGCCGCCAGCCACAUCCUUUUCCCGGGGAGCAAUCGACGUGCCAGCUUCUGUCGCCGAAGCCUCCCAAUCUCGUACUUGAGCCUUCCCGCGACGUUUAUCACGACGACCCCGUUUCCAGGUUUACACGGCAAUCCUUUCGUCUUUCUCAGCACAGUCAGUCAGGAUGGAGACGACACAGAAGCCGCCGGGGCCAAAGAAGCUGCCCAGCCUGAAAAUUACCAACCGCGCAACUCCCGCUGGCGGUGGUGCCAUGAUCACUCCCAAUACCUCGUUCCAGCAGUCCACGUCACCCACUCCCCCAACACCGUCCCAAGGGCCGUCAAAGAUUCGCCUUGUUACGAAAUCACAACCGUCAACGCCGGCCGAAUCCCGCCCCCCGAGCCUCUCGUCACGCCCUACAGCAAACGGCUUGGACACAAUAUCCGCUGUACCGAAGAUCACACAAACGAAAACGGGCAGAAUCAGCAAGCCAUCCGCAAAGAAGCGAACGAGAGAAGUGAGUGACGAUGACGAGGACCGCCCUCUUCGUAACGGUACCACUCCACACCAGUCAAAGAAGACAAAAAUCACUCUCAAGCCGACCACACCUGGCCUCGUGAGGCAACCGACGCUGAAGGUCAAACCUGUCGGCCGGAUCCCACAAAAGCCUCUCGGCGAGGGCUACGAUUCGGAGGCGGAGGAUCGCGAGGUCGACCCGGUCAUCGAAGAGCAAUUCCUGUUCCGCAUGCUGCCCGGAGAGCCCAGCGAGUACCUGCGAACAGCGAUCCAAAACAAACAGAUUGGUCUUCCCAAGUCACAAGGAGGUGCGGAUUUCCAGGUUAAAUGGCUGGAUGACGAAGGCCGUCGCGCCGUGGUCACCGUCAAGGGUCAGCUGUACGCCGCCAUUCUUCUGGAUCUGCCCAGCAUCACUGAGGGCAUGAAGACCUGGGACAAGAAGGCAAUGGUCAAGUCGUCGGACAUCUGCCAGAUGCUGAUGGCUUUCGCUCAAGUCCAAAGUGAGGAGGAGGCCAAGACGGCACCCCUACCCAAAGCCGUCGAGCAUGGUCACAGGUGGCCCCACGGCAUCACGCCACCGAUGCACGAUGCGAGAAACCGUCGGUUCCGCAAGCGGCUUAGCAAGCUGGAAAUCAAGAAUAAGGAGGCUGAGGUCGAUAGGCUGCUCGCGUCUGAUCGUGAGGCUCUGACAGUCCGGACCGAGUGGAUCGACAAUAACAAAGACGGCACUGGGAACGAGGAGGAAGAGGAGGAGUACGAAGAGGACGCCGAGGGCGAGGCAGACGACUACUUCGGCGAUGGCACCAUGGGCCAACUGCCCGAAGAGGAGGAAGAAUUCGAGGUCGAUGACGCCGCUCUCGAAGCCGAGUUCCUAGAGGCCGUCGAGACACCACUCGUCGAGACCCCCGGGCUAGGAGUCGAUGCCGCUACGCCCGGUACCAUCGCCGCCCCCACGCCUGCCCCGCAGGCUGAGGAAGAGGCGGGCGACGCCGAGGAGGAGGAAUCGGACGAGGAAGAUGAGGAAGACGGGGACGAGGACGAGGACGAGGAUGACGGCGAUGAGGACGAGGCGGCGGCGGCGACGCGGAACGUGAUUGCCAACCUCAAGAAACAACUUAAAAUGUACGAAGUCCAGCUGGCGGCCUCGGUGCAACCCAUCAUGAGGAAGCGACUCGAGGGGAACAUCAGGAACGUCAAGGCGGAGAUUCUGCUCAAAAAGUCGUCUAUUGGCGAGACGGAGGAAGAUUAGGGUUUUCGAGAAACCUGGGCCUGCGCUUUGCAGGAGGGGUUAUCACUAGGUUGCUUUUAAACCCAGCGAUGCAAUGUAGCCAUGGCCAUGCGAGCAGUAGGUUAACCGCCCAUGGAUUGGCACCUUAUGAACUUAAAAAAAUACAAUAAUGACGACCGAAGUCGAUGCAAUGGUG